AUGCUUACUUCCUUUGUGCAUCAUCGAGCAGCUCGGCAUGAAGACCUUGAUCAGAAUGGGUUGGAUGGAUCUGUUGCCUCCUCGUUUUGGUUCCAAGGGUCCGAUGAGUGGUAUGAUGAUGCGGCUGGUCACGGAACUCAUGUAGCUGGAACCAUCGCGGCUGUGAACAACACCAUUGGGGUCGUUGGGGUUGCACCAGAAGCGGAACUAUUCGCCGUGAAAUACUUUGCUGACGACAGCGGAUUCGCCUACUCUUCGUCUCUUGUCAAUUCAGCAUACAAAUGCCGCGACGCGGGUGCAAAGAUCAUUACCAUGAGCCUUGGAGGUCCCCUACCCAACCCGUUCGAAUUUCUGGUAUUUGACAAGUUGUUGCGUGAGAAUGGGAUUCUUUCUUUUGCCGCGGCUGGCAAUGGUGGAGGGCAUCGGCCGUCUUAUCCAGCAAGCUACAAUGGAGUCAUCAGUGUUGCAGCUGUGGACCGAAACAAGGCGCAUGCUUCGUUUUCCCAGCGACACCGUCGCGUUGACAUUUCAGCACCAGGAGUGGAUGUCCUGAGUCUACUUCCUAGUGGAGGUUGCACAGAAUGCAACGUGAAUGGUGCGGCGAGUGGUUAUGGUACAGCGAGCGGCACGAGCAUGGCAACGCCGCACGUGGCUGGAGUUGCUGCGCUGUUGUGGAGUUUCAAGCCAGAAGCAACGGCCACAGAGAUUCUGCGAGCCAUUGAAGAUUCCGCCGUUGAUCUUGGGGACGUUGGGCGUGACGACUACUAUGGCCACGGGCUUGUCAAUGCCAAGGAGGCUCUUAUCCACUUGAAUGGAGGUCCACUUGCAGAGCCUGCGGGAGGGUUGGGUGUUGCCAGCAGUGUCGCAAUUCAAAGAGUCCCAACGACAACGUCUUCCUCCUUAGAGAAUGAGUGCGAUGAAAGUGAGGUACCGUUUGGACUCACCAUCAAGACAGACUUCUACGGUGAAGAGACAUCUUGGGAGCUCAUCGAUACGUUGGAUCCCUCGAACGUGGUUCUGUCUGGUGCCGAUUUCGAGGACUCGAAGACGUACGAAUGGCACAAGUGCAUCCCCGCAAACUGCUACACAUUUGUGAUCAAGGAUAGCGCCGAAGACGGGUUGUGCUGCGACUACGGAUCGGGGAGCUAUUCCGUUUCCUUUGGAGGACAGGAGAUUGCCAAGAGCGAUGGGGUAUUUGCAUCGCGUCAAGCGGUCAGUAUGGGGUAUUGUGACACGGCUAGCGCUAAUCUCCCCGUUGUCAACGUUGGUGGUUCUUCCGAGCCCGUGCAAGCUGUCGACGCAACCCCCACGGAUCCAGACGCGACAACCGACGAGGAUUGCGUAGAGAUAGGGCUGACUUUUACAACCGACACAUUUCCAAAGGAGAAUCGAUUCGAAUUGGUCAAGCUGUCAGCGGCAGGCUCCAGUCCCGAGAAGAUUUGGGAUCAUUCUAGCUUCUCUGAAAGCGAGACAUAUGAAUACUCAACAUGCCAAGAUCCCGCUGGCUGUUACGAGUUCAUUCUUUGGGAUUCUUUUGGAGAUGGGCUAUGUUUUCGGUAUGGUGAUGGAAGUUUCAAACUGUCCUAUGACGGUGACAUUGUCGAAGAAUCUGAUGGUUCCUUUGGCCACAAAGUUCAAGUGGAGCUUGGGAGUGGAUGCUGA